GUUUACAUUAAUAUUGGAGAUGAUUUUUUAAAUAUUUAAUUUAAAAUUAUAAAUAUAAACAAAGUACUUAUAGAAUACAAAAUAGAUAUAACUCUCUCCUCUCUCUACUGUGAUAAAUAACUUGGGUUUAAUAUAUUGUAGCAAGCGCUUAUAGUAGUUAGUAGUUACAUAUUAAAAAAAAUAAUGCCCUAGUCUAAUUAGCAACAACACUUUGCCUUUGUGUUUUAAGUAGAAAUGUAAAAAAUAUUGCAAUUACAACAUGAAUUUCAGUGGUACUAUAAGAUUAAAUAAAUUCGGAAUAUUUAUAGUAUUAUGUAUAAUAUUCAUUUUUGGAUUACAUGUAUUUACCAAAAAUUCGGAGGCUUACCCAGAAAUUAAAAAAAUUAAUUUGUCUACUCUUUUAAAUGUAGCAAUAAAGGCAGCGGAAAAUGGUGGUAAAAGGGUAGUAGAAAGUAAGGAAAAUAUGAAUGUUAAAAGUAAAGGUUUAACUAAAGAGGGUAUGCAAGAAAGUGUAACUAAUGCUGAUAUUUUAUCUCACUGUGAUAUGACAAAAACAAUUAAAUAUUUCUUCCCUAAAGUGAAAUUAAUUUCAGAAGAGGAUGUUAAAAACUGUGAUGAUAAAGUUAAUGUUGAUUUUUCGUUAAUGAAUGCUGUGGAUAUAAAUAAUAAUGUAAUUAAUGAAGAAGAUAUUACAAUUUGGAUAGAUCCAUUAGAUGCUACACAUGAAUAUACAGAGAAACUGUACAAUUAUGUUACUACUAUGGUAUGUGUAGCUGUUAAAGGGAAACCUGUGAUGGGUGUUAUCCAUAAGCCAUUUGACAAAACUACCUCAUGGGUUUGGGUAGAUAAGGCCAAAUCACAAGAUCUAAGCAAUCAGGAACCUGAAAAUAAAAGUCCUAGUAUAAAAGUAAUAGUGUCUCGUUCACAUAAAGGUGAUGUGGAAAAAAUUCUUCAAAAUAAUUUUAAACAAAAAGUAGAAAUUAUAACGGCAGCUGGUGCUGGUUAUAAAGCUUUAGAAGUAGCAAAGAAGAAAGUAGAUGCUUAUAUACAUACAACAGCUAUCAAAAAGUGGGACAUAUGUGCAGGAAAUGCUGUUAUUAAUGCGUUGGGUGGAAAGAUGGUCAACAAGUUUGGUGCCGAGUUAGAUUAUAGCAAUGACAUCGAUGUGACAAACAAAGAUGGAUUAAUAGCUUCUUUAGAUAAAUAUGACAUUUUUAUAGGAAAACUCGAUAUUUAGUUCUAAUCUAAAUGAUAAUUACAUGACAAUGGCAACUGACGUGUAGUUAAUAUGUCACCAUGAACUGAAUAUUAAUGCUUUUACUUUUGAAUACCUGUAAUCUAGUUUGACAAUGUUAUUAUAAUUAUAAAAUUAUUAGAUACAAUCAAAAUAAAUAAAAUACGUAUUGU